CAAUCACUUGAAGAGAAAAUGUCAAAUUAUUGUCAUGUAAAAUGAUGUAAAUUUUAUCAAAUUUGUGAUAAGUCAUCAGUUUCGAAAACAAAACAGAUUGCAAUAACUUUUUGUGAAUGACUUCAAUAUUAAAUUCUUCUAAGAAUAUUAAUCACACUGUAUAUAUUUAUUCAAAAUUUUAUCACUGUCACUUUUCUGAACUGUCCUAACAAUAUCAAUUUUAAAUUGGUAAGACGAAAAUAUGUCUCAACAGUUUAAUCCAUUUCUUGGGUUACUGGGAACUUCUCCAUCUGAAACUCCAAUUCCGGAAGACAGUCCUAUAACUAUUACUUCUGUGCCAGUCCAGGUUGAUGAAGAAACAGAAAUUGUAAACAACAUCGUCGAAAAUGUUUUUUACUUUACCAUAAAUGUAAAUGCAGUCGAAAAUCGGCCCAAUAAUGAAAAACAGUUAGUAUAUUUAGAAGAACUUGCUGAAGCAACUAAACCUCGCAUUCACAUAGACUUCGAAGCAUUGGAACAGGCACUUUUCGAAAGAUUACUUUUGCAAGAUGUUGAGUCUAAUGUUAUUCCAAAAGGUACCAAAGUUUAUAAGGAGCAUGUCAUAGAGAAGCAUGUCUUUCUGUAUCUAUUUAACUCCUUACAAAAUCUACAAAGUUAUAACAAUAGCAAGAACAUGGUGGAAAAGCGAGCUGUGUCAAAAAUGAGAGAAUUAAUAUUUCGAAAUGCAGUGACUGCUUUAAAACAACCAGCACUCUUUGAAGACCAAGACUUUUCAUCACAGCUUUUAGGAUUAUUACAACAUGCUGACCCAUUGAGUCAAUCAUUUUUUACUGAUAUUGUCAAUGCACUGGUAUCCGAUUGUGAUAAUGAAAGUCAAGCACAACUUAAAGCCACAAUGAAUGAGGUUCUGCAAAAAAUUAAUACAGAAGUAAAGAAGUCUAAUUUAAUCAAUCUACCGAAUUAUAUUUUACCAUCUGUACAUUUAUUUGCUAGUAACCCUCAUUUAGCACCAAUUUUAAUGGAAGAAAGUGAGCCAAAAGUAGAAAAUAAUGGACGUUUGUAUCAAGACUCAGUUAUUGGUGCUCUUCUGAGUUUGUCGGUUCUACCUAGAACUGCCUUAUCACUUCAUGAAUUCUUUGAACAACCAAUGGAUCAGGCAGCCAACUCAUUAAUAGAAACCUCAAUAUGGAAUGCAUUGUCACAUUUAAACAAUAAUAUGCAAAGAAUAUUUCUGGGGCUGUUGAAAUGUGGACCUGCGAUGCGUAAUCGUCUACUCACUUGGACCGGUAAAUGUUUGAGUGCGAAUGUAGCAAGAGGAAAACUGUGGAGUGUACAAGCUGGAGAAAUCAGUGCUGCAACACUGAACUGCGUGUCCGACGGCUUCAUGUUGAACCUGGGUGCAGUGUUAUUGCAACUUUGUAUGCCAUUCUGUGCCUCCCCAGAUGACCCUAAAUUACUUAAAAUAGAUCCAACUUACGGAGCUGUUCCGCCCGAGGAAUGUGCCUCGAAAUCUGUUCAUCUCGACAGCCUACAUAAUGAAACGUGCUUAUUACCACCACGAGAAGACGAAAACGGACAAUCUAUAAAACGACCGACGGCCGAAACAUAUAGUUUCGUAACUGAAUGUUUCUUUGUGACACAGAAAUGUAUCGAUUUGGGUGUACGCGUCUGCGCCGAGAAGCUAUGGCAGUGCGGUCGCGAGCUCGGGCAGGCCCAGCGCGCCCUCGCCGACGCCGGCACCGCGCCGCGCCUGCUCGAAGCCCUACGCACUCGCACGCAUCAUCUCAUGACGCGGUUUGUUAGUCUGCGUUGCGCUUUACUAGAGAAGAACAUGUUGACGAAUUUGCAUCGGCUUCAAGCGGCGACUUGCACGUGGCUCGUACAAGUGGCGAUACGGACCGAUCUGGACACGCCGCUCAGUAACUACGCGCCCAUGACCCUACUGCCGGUCGAGAUGCCCAUAACCACACCAGCACCCGACACGCUAAGAUGCAUUCCAGAGUUCGUAUUGGAAAAUAUAGUGGUUUUAAUAACAAUGGCGCGACGCACCGCCGGAGCUACGACCGAAGAAGCAGACAUCGCUGGCCUGCUGCAGCCCGCGCUCACCCUCGUGCUCACGUUCAUGGGAGACUCCUCGCGUACUUACAACCCGCAUCUGAGGGCACGACUAGCUGAAUGUCUGGAAGCGAUGCUGCCUAAUCAUCCAGACAACCAACAGCCUUUAAGUAGUUUGGCUUCGUUUUACAGAGAACAACUCUUCAAAGAACAUCCUCACAGAUCACAGCUCGUGCCAUGCCUUUUGGAUGUAUUCGUGGGCAUAGAAAUGACCGGACAGAGUGUUCAGUUUGAACAAAAGUUCAACUACCGUCGACCCAUGUACCUUGUCAUGGAAUUCCUAUGGGGACUGGAAGAACACCGGGAAUCUUUUAGUCAAUUAGCAAGAGAAGCAGAAUCCAAUAUGGAGGCUGUACAUCCACCGAUAUUUUUGCGUUUCGUCAAUCUGUUGAUGAACGACGCUAUAUUCUUACUGGAUGAAGCAUUAGGGAACAUGGCUCAAAUAAGAACUAUGCAAACUGCACAACAAUCCGGUGCGUGGAGGAACUUGCCGGUUCACGAACGCGAACAAAACUUCUCGAAUUUAUCUCACAUCGGGAUGUUGGCGCGCUUCGACAAUAUACUCGGGCGCGACACGAUCCGCAUGCUGGUGCGGCUCACCGCGCACGCGCCGCACGUGUUCUGUCACCCGACGCUCGUCGACCGGAUCGCGUCGAUGCUCAACUACUUCCUGCUGAACCUGGUCGGACCUAACAAAAAGAAUUUGAAAGUAAAAGACAUGAAGGAAUACGAGUUCGACCCGGCCAGUACAGUGCUGGACAUUUGUCGUAUGUACGUGGAGCUAGGUAACAACGAGCGGUUCUGCAACGCCGUGUCCGACGACGGCCGCUCCUACUCGCCGCAACUGUUCACCCUCGCUGAAACUGUACUAGUCCGCAUCGGGGGGGGCUUUCUCAUAAGCACACUGCGGGAGGUUGCCGAGCGAGUGAGACUGCUCGCCGAACAGAAGCAGAGAGACGAGGAGAUACUCGCGAACGCUCCAGACGAGUUCCUCGAUCCGAUCAUGAGCACCAUCAUGCUGGACCCCGUCGUGCUUCCGAGCUCAAGGACCACGGUCGACAGGACGACAAUAGCCAGGCAUCUUUUAAGUGAUCAGUCAGAUCCAUUCAACAGGUCGCCGCUCUCCAUGGAUCAAGUAAAAUCAGACACUGAACUCAAAGAAAGAAUACACAGCUGGAUCGCUGAAGCCAAAAAGAAUAGUUCACAAUCGACGAGCACUAAAAAUUAGGGCUGUUUUCUUUUAAAUGUACAUUUUAAUAAAACUUUAAGAAUUUAUUAAUAAAUAUGUUUUAGAUAUAGUAGCGAAAUUUCAGGUCGAAUAAGUACUGAAUUUUUUAACUGAUGGUGAGACUGUACAUAAAUAAUAAUAAAUACAUUUAGUUCAUUCUAGAUGAUUCUUUAAAAUUUUCAAUCAACCUUUUUAUUACCUAAGUGUUCGAUUUCGUUGCUCACUUGAGACCACAGCAUUGUUUCCGCUGUUGUCUAUGACACAAGAAAAUCAUUAUACUUGAAAUAGCGUAAUUUUUUUUUUAAAGUACUUUCUUCAUAUCUUUCGUAAAGUUUCGAUUUCAUUUAAUCGUUGAACACCAGACUAGAAAACCAUUUUUAGCCCAGUGGACUGCAGCGGACAUCCUGUGACCGCCAAUAACUCGGGUCGGGGGGAGAGAAGAGGGGGGGCUCGUGACAGACACAGUGUCUGUCAUCUGUCAUCUCUCGGAAAAUAAUGAGUAGGUACUCACUGUUUCCAUAAGUCGUCCACUAUUUUUGAGUAAUUUUUUCACCUCCACGAUUUUUUAGACGAUUCUUGAUAUUGGUGAUGGUGGUGGGUUACUUGUUUGGCGUCGGUCAUGACGUUCAACGCGUUAAAUUACUUUUAAUUGUUAGCUAUAUUGUAGUGUUACUAUUCGGGCUUUUAACGUCGCACUAUAUCAAAAUGUUGAAUAAAUAAAUUUCUAUGAAUUCAUGACACCACGUCUGUAAUAAACCACAAGGGAUAUUAUUUACAAAAAUAAAUUAAAUAUACCAAUUGGUCCAUAACAUAUUUUUACAUUUAAUUUUGUUAAAUUGUAUACUAAGUAACUGAAAUAAAUAAAUGAGAGUGAUUUAUUACUGGUGAAAGGACAUCUUGUGAGUCCGCACGGGUAGGUACAACCACCCUGCCUAUUUCUGCCGUGAAGCAGUAAUGCGUUUCGGUUUGAGGGACGGGGCCAUUGUAACUAUACUGAGACCUUAAAACUCAUAUUUCAAGGAGAGUGGCGGCGUUUACGUUGGUGAUGUCUAUGGGCUCCAGUAACCACUUAACACCAGGUGAGCUGUGAGCUCGUCCACCCAUACAAGCAAUUUUUAUUUUUUAUUCAGGUACCAUACAUAGGAUAUGGUAAAUAUUUGUUUAAAAUUUACUUGUGGUUAUUAUUUUAAACUCUGAUAAGUACAUAAUAUUAAGUUUAGGGAGACUUUUCCGUUUCUUACAUAUCAUUUGUUGAUAAGAUUGUUUUUAUGUUUUUAAUGAAAAUGUUUGAUUUUUCAAAUAGUAAAUUCGGCAUUUGGUCGAACACCUCGGACCUUUUGCCACCGUUUUGUGGCAUCUAUAGAAUAUAUUUAGUUAAUAAAACAUUCCUUCAAAUAUAAAUAUAUAUAUUUUUUAGCCAGCGUUAUUCUUGGUUUAAAUUUUUAAAUAGAAAAAUAUCCGAAAAUUAUUAUACAAUAAAAACAGACUCCAGUUUAUUUUCUUUGUUUUUUAUUUGGAGUGUUUCAAUUGCUUAAAAAUUACAAAUGAUUUUAAUGAUUUAAUAUUUUCUCUCCACCCUGUUUAUAUUCUAUGAGUUUUGCUAUUUUUUUUGUUUUUUAUUAUAGUCAGCUAUUACUAAUGUGUUAAAAUAUACUAGAGAGGAAUGAUUAUAGACGCCUGUAACAGAAUCGAUAAUUUAUUUUAUUUUAUACUGUUGAAAUAUUGGAAAUAUAAAUUAACAAAAACUAUAAAAAUAAAAAACAUCAUAACAAUACUGAAACUAGUCUUUAGCUUUGUUAUGUUGAUCCAUGAUAUCUUUUUUUUUACUGUACAUUGUUUUGUGAUAAAGGACAGAAUUUAAAUUAUUUAUGUUUUUUUUUUUUCCAGUGUGUAGAAACUGUGUAAAUAAAUUUUCUUAAUGCAUAA